GGCCAUGGACGAGUGGCUCAACCGGGCCGAGGCGUGGGCGGGCCAGGCCGAGCGCUGGAUCCGCCAGCAGCCGCCGGAGCAGAUUUACGUCGCCGUCGCGGUCAUCGCCCUCACUGUCCUGCUGCUCCUCGCAGCUUCUUGUUUGAAAUCCUCGAAAUCCAACACCAUAGUGCUAUCUGGGCUUAGUGGGAGUGGUAAAACUAUUCUUUUCUACCAGCUUCGCGAUGGAUCAUCACAUCAAGGAACAGUGACAUCAAUGGAACAUAACAAUGAUACGUUCGUGCUGCAUUCAGAACUUGAAAGGAACGGCAAAGUGAAACCUGUUCAUGUUGUUGAUGUUCCUGGUCAUGCAAGACUGAAGCCUAAGCUUGAUGAGUUCCUGCCUCAGGCAGCUGGAGUUGUUUUUGUUGUUGAUGCUCAGGAUUUCCUUUCUAGCAUGCAAGCUGCUGCAGAGUACUUGUAUGACAUUUUGACAAAGGCAACUGUAGUGAAGAAAAGGAUUCCUGUUCUGAUUUUCUGCAACAAGACAGACAAAGUUACAGCUCACUCAAAGGAGUUCAUCAAGAAGCAGCUCGAAAAAGAAGUGAACAAGCUUCGGGAAUCAAGGAAUGCCAUAUCAUCGGCUGACAUCACCGACGAAGUCCAGCUUGGUGUCCCUGGAGAGGCGUUCAACUUCAGCCAAUGCCAGAACAAUGUGACAGUCGCUGAAGGUGCUGGUCUCACUGGCAAUGUUUCAGCAGUCGAGCAAUUCAUCCGAGAGCACGUGAAGGCUUAGAUUCAUCCCAUUCUUGCGAAGUAGUGCUUAUGUCUCUGAAAAAUCGCUAUCCGAGUUGUGCCUGGUUUUACUUGACGAAAGAAGGAAAACGGUUACCAUAGUUGAUGUGCUGACUUUGUAGAGGCAUAGACAAUUGGUAUUUGCUAGCUCCUUACCGACGUUGAGUCUGAACAUGAUCAGCUAUAAAACUAAGGACCUGUUCUGAAAGCGUUGGUUUGACAUGAAUAUUUGGCAAUUUUCAGAGGAACCACUCUAAUAUCUGCA